UGCCAUUUACAGGCACUUCUCCAGUUUGGUGAUUUGAUUUUGGUGUGUUUGUGAGGAGGAGGAGGGUGCUUCUGUUCUAAACCAAGCACACCACCCCCCUCAAACCCCAUUUCCCAUUUCCCAUAAAUAACCAAACUUUCUUCAAUACCCAUUUCCCCAUUUCCCCCCUUUCUCCAUUCCCCACCUCCUUUCAUUUCAUUCUCCCUCCUUUCUUCUCCAAUGGCUUCCGAAGGCUUCACCGACAAGAAUGCAGUGUUCCGUAAACUCAAGUCCAAGCCCGAAAACAAGAUGUGUUUUGAUUGCAAUGCUAAGAACCCAACUUGGGCCUCCGUUACCUACGGGAUCUUCCUCUGCAUCGAUUGCUCCGCUACUCACCGGAGUCUUGGUGUGCACAUCAGCUUCGUCAGAUCUACAAAUUUAGACUCGUGGAGUCCUGAACAGCUAAAAAUGAUGAGCUUUGGAGGAAACAAUCGUGCACAGGUUUUCUUUAAGCAGCAUGGAUGGACUGAUGGUGGUAAAAUAGAGGCCAAGUAUACGUCAAGAGCUGCAGAGUUAUAUAAACAACUUCUUUCUAAGGAAGUUGCUAAGAGUAUGGCUGAGGAAGCAGGUUCAUCGUCAUCACCUGUUGAUUCUCACUCUUCCCAAGCACCUAAUGGACUUCCUGAAAUAAAGACCAAUGGAUUACCAAAGGAAAAGAAUCUAGGAAAGCCUGAAAUUCCUGAGAAGACCACUUCCCCAAGAGCUUCACAUACAGUCGUCUCCAGCACUGUCAAGAAGCCUAUUGGUACCAAAAAACCUGGCAAGACUAGUGGACUUGGUGCCCGGAAGCUCACAACAAAGCCAAGUGAGUCUCUUUAUGACCAGAAGCCUGAAGAACCACCUGCUCCAGUACCCACCUCAACAAAAAGCAGUUUUCCUGCCGGGCCAUCAACAUCUCGGUUUGAGUAUGUAGAACAUGUCCAAGCACCUGAGAUGAAUUCUGGAGGUCUGGCUACAAAUAUGCAUGGUCAUGUUGCUCCACCAAAGUCAUCAAGCUUCUUUGCAGACUUCGGGAUGGACAAUGGUUUUCCUAGGAAAUCUGGGCCAAGUCCAACUAAAGUGCAAAUUCAAGAAUCUGACGAAGCAAGAAAGAAGUUCUCAAAUGCUAAAUCUAUUUCUUCCUCCCAAUUUUUUGGAGAUCAGAACAAAGCUGCAGACAUGGCUACGCAAGCUACUUUGUCAAAGUUUUCAGGUUCAUCUGCCAUCUCCAGUGCUGAUCUUUUUGGCGACUCAUCAGACAGCUCCAUUGAUCUUGCUGCCAGUGACCUCAUCAACCGACUAUCUUUCCAGGCACAACAGGAUAUCUCUUCCCUUAAAAACAUUGCUGGUGAGACUGGGAAGAAGCUAAGCUCCUUGGCCAAUACAUUGAUGACAGAUCUUCAGGACCGGAUACUCUAAAAACUGUAUGUUUUUGUAUCAAUGCAAAAAACUCCUUCAACUCUGCAACUUUUGCUUCGAAUGUAAUUCAAGAGUGCAAUUUAUACGAUUCUUUGCGAUACAAAAAUAAGAUAUUAAUUUUCAGGGUUGUGCUAGAUUGUUGUUUAUAUUUUGUAUCACAUGUAUUAUUAUUUGAUGAUAUUUCAAGUUUAUGCCUCUUUGUAAUGAACUCAACAGUGUCAUCUUGUAUCAAUUUGAAAAUGACACUCCUUUACUUUUGUAACAAGAUUCCCUUCAUGUUCAUUGUGUAAUGUACCAACUUUUGGUUCUCCAAAUAACAUUAUUGUUUGUCAA